UUUUCUCCCCCUCCCCGGCGAGAGGGAGCCGCUCAAUAGGGGCGAGUGUUCUAAGUCCGACCCCCGCCCCUCCCGUCCCGUCCGCCCUUCUUUUCCCGGCGGCGGAGCGGGCGCCCGCUCACUCGGAGGAGAUGCGGCGCGUGGGCUGCCUGCUGCUGUUGGGGAGCGUCCUGCUGGCCGGGGGGGCGCCCCCCGGCCCGUGCCCGUCGGCGUGUCGCUGCCACGGCGACCUGCAGCACGUGAUCUGCGAGGGCGCGGGCCUGAAGAAGAUUCCGCGCGUGUCGGCGUCGACGCGGCUUCUCGACCUGCAGCGGAACCCGCUGGGCGGCGUGCCCGGCGGCGCUUUCGCCGACAGCGGCGGCCUGGUGUCGCUGCACAUGCAGCGCUGCCGGCUGCGCCGCCUGGCCGCCGGCGCCUUCCGGGGCCUGACGCAGCUGGUCUACCUGUACCUGUCGCACAACCGCAUCGCCGGCGUCCACCCCGAGGCCUUCCGGGACCUGGGCCGGCUGACCUACUUGCACCUGGACCACAACCGCAUCGCCGAGCUGGCCAAAGGAGUCUUCUCGCCGCUGGUCAACCUGUUCGCGCUGUUGCUGGACGACAACAAGCUGCGGCGGCUACGACCGGGGACCUUCGCCGGCGCCGGGGACCUGCGGCGGCUGCACCUGAGCGGCAACGAGCUCAGCGCGCUGGACGCCGGCUCGCUGGACGACGUGGAGAACCUGGCCGCGCUGCGCCUGGACGCCAACCGGCUGGCUUCCUUCCCCGCCGCCGCCCUGGCCGGCCUGCGCGUGGUGGAGGAGCUGUCGCUGGCCGGCAACCCCCUGGGGAGCGUCCCGGACCGGGCCUUCCUCAGCUUCGGCCGUUACCUGGAGACGCUCUGGCUGGACCGCGCCGGCCUGGAGAAGAUGUCGGACGAGGCGUUCGCGGGGGUGACGGCGCUGACCUCGCUCCACCUCGACGACAACAAACUGCGAGCGCUUCCCAGAAGCCUGGACCUGUCGCGAGUGACCAAUCUGACGGUGGCCAACAACCCCUGGACUUGCAGCUGCCAGCUGGCGCCGCUCCGCAGGUGGAUGGACGCCCACGGCCGGCGGCCGACGGACGCCCUGUGCGCCUCGCCGCCGUCGCAGCGAGGCAAGCGGGUUCGAGAAAGCGCCGUCUUCGCCGCCUGCCGGGCCGAGCCCAAGCCCAAGAAGAACAAGGCCGCCGCCGCUCGCCAGUGAGCGGGGUCGGAGGCCGGCCGGGAGGUCGGGGGGCCGGUUCGAUCGUCGCUACGACCCGCCGGAGGGCGGACCGCCCCUGGUCCGACGCCUCGCCACGUUCCGGCGCCGCCGAUCGCUCUCUCGGCUCAAUCGCUUUCAAAAGACGACACCCGAGCUUCGC